AUGUCGACACCAUCGUCUACCAGCGACUUCGAUACCAUUCAACAAACCCAGACUCCUCCCCGAUCACAUUUUGGGUUUCUCCGACCGAGGAUAACACAUAUCGAUAAAUCAUUCUCUUCCAUCAACCUCCCUUUCCUCUCUCAACCGACAUCAUAUCAGCAUGUGGACAUCAGAAAUCAACAGAACAAUGGCAGUCAGAGCCCAGAAGGCGAUGGCAGGAGCUCUCGGACCAAGACUUCAAUCUUCAAGUCGGACGAGCACCGUUUGAAGCAUUCGAUCCUGCGCGGGAGUAAGCAGAAGAGGAGAGGAGAAAUCGUUUUCCACUUUGUAAUCUCGCUGAUUGCUGUCAUCUUCCUGGUGUUGCCGAUCCUCUCAUAUAACCUGAAUGGGAAAGAAGUUGAUGAAACGGGGGACUAUGGAAAAAGAAUAUUGAAUCUCAUCCAAUAUGGCCCCACAAUCUUCCCGAUUAUAUUUGCAGCUAUUACAGGCCACUUCCUCCGAUCAAUAGCACUUCGCUUGGCGGAGCGCGGAACAACUUUGGAAAUGUUAGAACAGCUGACUCGCAGCAUUACCAUUGCGAGCACUGUUACUACGCCGUACCUUCUCAACUCCUAUAACUUCCUCAGCGCUGUUCUUCUCUGCCUUUGGGCCAUCUCGCCGCUUGGAGGACAGGCAUCCCUCAGAAUUCUGAAGACAGAAUUCGUAGAAAUCCAAACUGAUAUCACUUCCAACUACCUCGAUCCCUUCAAUCAAUCGAGUUUUCUGGAGAUUGGGGCAGACGUCGGUCUUAGUCUGACAGAGUCGAACAACAUAUAUGUCUCUAGUCUGCUCAGCUCCGCAGAAGUUAAAAAUAGCCCCAUAGAUUCCUGGAGAAAUGUCAAGAUUCCUUUGCUCGAAAGCUUCGAAACGAACUCGUCAGCCAUUCAGGGUGAGCGAGGGUGGUACAAUGUUCCGUUGGGAAAUGUAACAUAUUCUUCUCUAUUAGGGACACCUAUCAGCAAUCGUACUGCCAACUUUACUACGAUAAUCCAAUCAGGCUACGCUACUAUUGAGUGCUCUUCUUUGGAAAUAAUCGACCCAGAUCUGUGUAACGAAGGCCGCUCGACUCGUUGCUUCAAUACCUCAAAUCCUCGUAUCACGGACUGGGUUUUUCCAGCACAUCCAACCGAGGGGGACGAAGGCGCAAAUGCACUCUAUAUCGUUACUGGCUUCAAUCAAACGCAAACCCUUCUGAAUAUCACCUACGACAGAACCACGCCCAUGGAUCUAAUUAUUCAGUCUCGCGGAGAAAGCGGAAACUCUGUUGGACAUUGCGUUUUGUCUCAAACCUUCGUCGAGGUCCAGGUUGACUGCCUCAGCACGAAUUGUAGAGCGUCUAAAAUAAGACGUCUCGAAACGGGCCCGAAACGGCCGCCAGUGUUCGUCAAUGCCCCCAACUUUGUUCUGUAUAAUUUCUUCUUGUGGUUUGCUAGAGUUACACCGUCGGGACAUGUCGGUUACAGCAACCCAAGCCAACUCUACGUUCUAUUUCCGGAAAAUCCUUUGUCAAUGCAGGCUGAGUGGCUCGAUCUCGCAAACGCCGGCAAAGAACUUUUUGGAGCACGCAUGACACAACUCAUCAAUACUUUUUUGUCGUCGACUUUUGGUGGCGGGUUAUACCUGGGGUCGAUUCCGAUUGGCUUCAAUAGCACGAAACAGUUCGGACGCCAGCCGCUUAGAUAUAAAACCUCGAAAGCGAUGAAAACGGAGCUUAAACACAUCUACGUGGUACAGAAGCCGUGGGCUAGUAUAACUCUUCUUGCCAGCUUAUUGCUUUUGGCUAUGGGUAUCGCAGCGGCUGCUAUAAGCUUUUAUACUCUCGCCCCCGACGUUUUGACAAGUCUGUCAGCUCUAGCAAACGAAAGUCCAUGGUUUGAUACUUACAAGGAGGGUACAACUUUGGAUGGAGAUGAUAAAGCUGUUGCUUUGAAGCGAAGGCUUGUCAGGCUCGGGGAUGUGAAACGGUUCGAAGAAGUUGGAUACAUUGCCUUGGGUACAGUGGAUACUGAAGUCGUGAAUGUAGGACGAUUAAGCACGGAUAGAUCUUACAGAUGA